AUGAAUUGUUCGUGCUUUGGUUCCAAAAAAACAUCCCCAACAGUCUCAACGGAGCCAAAAAAAUCAACACCACCAGCAAAAGAUGAUGAGUUCAAUGAUUCAAGAAUACCAUUGACCAGGAAGCAAAAAUUUGUACUCAUCAAGAACUGGAAAGGUAUUGAGCGUGAGGUUUCUGCGGCUGGUAUCGAAAUGUUCCUGAAAAUGUUGGCCGAGCACCCCGAAUACUAUGAAUUAUUUAAAUUUCGGAAUAUCGCUAACGCUGCGAAGGAAAAUCAAGCUCAGGAUGAGCUGCUAAGUGCGCACGGCGCUGCUGUCAUGAAAUUUCUCGGACAGGCAAUCAGUAAAAUUGAAGAUGCUGACGUUUUUUACUCACUGCUUGAGGACAAUGGAAAACAACACGCGUACAAGAAACUUUUCAAGCCAGAAAUGUUUUGGGAGAUGGAGCAACCCUUUUUGUAUUCAGUGAAACUGAUCCUAGGCGAACGAUAUACGGACAAUAUGGAUGCUAUUUACAAAAGUGUCAUCCAUCUAAUUUUACAACGCAUGGAAGAAGCGUGUAGAACGGAACUGAUGAGAAUACAGAACAAAAAUCUCAAACUAUGA